CGGGUAUAAUCGUAAUUGACAAUCAUAACCAGAUCUGAAAAGUGGGAAAAUAGCGUUUCACUUGAAAUUAAGCAAAACGUUCUUUCUCCACUCGUUGAUAGAACAGGAAAUCAAACUCCCAAAAACCAGAAUUCAAUCAACGAAGAUGAUGAUGAAGAUGAUGACAAUGAUCAUAACUAGAAUAAUUUUCUUGCUCCUGUUUUUGUCACACGCAAUCGCUUAUACACGGUUUAAUCUUUCUCAUUUCAUCUAUCCGAAAAUCAGCGACGAAUUUCGCCCUCAACCAUCUCUUUUCCUAAAGGAUAUUCUAGGAGAAAUAUCUGCUACUGAACACUGGAAGUCGGAAGACUUUAGGGUUUUGAAUCUGGAAAUAGAGAAGGUUAAGUUUGGGAAUUUGCAGAGAUACGAGAUUGAGUUUCUGUUAAGGAACAAGAAAGAUUAUGUAUUUAAUUCGAUGGAUAAUGUUUCUUCAUGGAAGAGAUUUAAAGACAAAGAAGGCGAUUUUGAGGUUAUGGCUAAUGAAGUGAGUUCAAAAGCAGUUCUUGGAUCAAUUCAAAUCGAAGGGCCUGUUGAAUUACUAGUUUCUGGAGACAAUGAAAUGUCUUUGCUACUACCAUGGAACACAUCACAUUCUGGUCUGAAGAGGAUACUUGUUGGAGAAGACGUAACUGUAGAAGUGAAGAAUGCAAAUGAAGUCUCUCUUUUUAAAACAUCAAAUCUUGGACAACAAGCAGAUUCAAAACAUAAUCUUAUUGAUCAUAUCUUUCCAUACAUGACAUGUACGCCAUUGCUUCCAGUAAGAAUUUCCGGAUCUUCAUCUGUAGUUGCCUUCAGGACUCAAAAUCCAGCUCCUGAGGCUCUUACACUUGAUGUGAAUUGGUAG